CAGGCCACAUCAGCGGACUACACGUCAGCAGGCCACGUCAGCCGACAGAGUAGGAAUACCACGUCAGCAGGCACCCGGCCUGGUAUAUGCUGUUGCGGUCACAUACAGCCGUUAUGGACCAGAGGUCCGGAGUGGCUACAUGCAUUGCACAGCAGGAGGAUAUCCACAGCCUUGACGACUCGCUAGUCCAAGGCCGCCUUCAGCAGCUGGAGCAGCGACCAGUCGCCGCCGCCGAUGCAAGCUCUUCCAAUACCUCCGAUCGCCUCGACGCAUUGGAGAUGGACGUCGGCUCCCUCAAGGAUGGCGUGCAGUCACGGUUCCGCAAGUUCGAGCUCACGCUGCAGCUACACAACGUCAAAGAACACAAGCACCACACAUACUUGUACUCUCGCUCAGGGGGCGCGUGCCAGGCUUGGUUGGACAACCUCUUGUCCAAGUACGGAGUGGUAGCUGCCGACUUGCACACCAAGAUCAGUUGGGAUGAUCUGAAGGCGGCAUGGCACGAGCGGUUCCAAGUCGAGCCGCCCGAGAUCAAGGCUAUGAACAAGCUCAUGGUCUUCGAGCAAGGCACGCUGCCGAGUACCGACUGGAUCGCCGAGUACCGACGCUUGACGUCAGUCCCAAACAUCCACCAUUACUUCAUCUCAAGGUCCUGUCCGGCGUUAAGUAAUGCCCUCACUCACGUCGAGGACACCUUGACGACGACGGCGAAACUUUUUGACAAGGCCACGCAGAUCAUCAUUACGAACAAGGAGGCUAAGAACCUCCUUUCGUCUGCGCAAGGGCAAACAGGGAAACUGAGCACCACCGAGAGUGACUCGACAACACUCUCGACACCUCCAGAACCGGUUUCUUCGCGAGUAACCGGCCUUCAUUCCGAGGCGCACGCGGAAGUCGAUAGUCCUCCUCUUCUACUUUCUUUUGAGGACUAUGCUGCCCGGCUCGUUCCUACGCUGGGUACUCAAGCUCAAGGACAAGAAGUGUGUGCGGUUUCUUCUCCGUCCGGCAAUGACGACAUAUCGUCUUCAAGUGGUUCUUCACGGGAUUCGGCGCGCGAGUUCAACAUAGAGGUAUUGGACCCGCUCACAUCCGAGGACUUUGCAUGGCUUCCUCUCCCGACCACAGACCGCUUGCCGGGACCGCAAUGCGCAGCACUAUGCGCUCAUCUCCACACUUACUUAUCCUUCUAUGCACCACCAACUUCGCCGACAGAUGACGAAGUCGCGGUGGGGGACAUCCUUGCGUAUACUACCAAGGUGGCCCGUGAGUUUCGCACGCAGCGGUGCGAUGAUAACAACGCAUUACUCAUGUAUGUCCGCAUUCAAAUUGGGCAAGCGUCCUGCAGCGCUUUGCUGGAUAGCGGCACGUCUCGCAAUUUCAUGAGCCAAUCCUUUAUGCAAAGGGCUGGCCUUGGCGCACAAGUACGGAGGAAGGCAAACCCAAUGGCGAUCAAGUUGGUGGAUGGGAAAACGCAGCAACUUCUCGACCGUUACAUCGAGGCCGUACCGGUCUACUUCGCACCUCAUGCAUGGGAACCGGUGACAUUCGGUAUUCUCGACACGGACUUCGACAUCAUUCUGGGAAUGCCUUGGCUUGCAAGUGCGGAUCACACGGUCAACUUCCACCGGCGGACUCUUAGCAUUCGUGACGGUUUCGGCGCGGAAGCGGCGUGUACUAUUCCUCUACCGCACCCUUCGAUUCGGUGUCAAGUGGUGACGGCCAAAUCAUUCUGGGCGCCUUGCGCUUACGAGCAGCCCGAGGAAAUUGGCCUAUGUUUCCUACGGACCGUCGCAGUAUCCGACGCUUCACCCACGGACUUGUCUUCGGACCCCAGGGUGGUGCGGUUGUUGGACGAGUUCGCCGACAUCUUCGAGUCACCUACCGAUGUGGUGCCAGAUCGGCCGAUCUCUCACGAGAUCAUUCUUGAGGCCAGUGCCAUGCCGCCGAAAGGUUGCAUCUAUCGCAUGAGCGAGGAGGAGCUUGAGGUCCUCCGCACACAACUCGACGAUUUGUUGGCCAAGGGCUGGAUCCGCCCUAGCAGCUCCCCAUAUGGAGCACCGGUUCUCUUCGUCCGGAAGAAGAACAAGGAUCUACAAUUGUGUAUCGACUACCGCAUGCUCAACGCGCAAACCGUCAAUAAUGCGGGGCCUCUUCCUCACAUCGACGAUCUUCUUGAGCGACUGGGCGGCGCAAAGUAUUUUUCUAAGUUGGAUUUGAAAUCGGGAUAUCAUCAAAUCUCAAUCCGGCCGAACGAUCGCUACAAGUCCGCGUUCAAGACGCGGUACGGGAAUUUUGAGUGGGUGGUCAUGCCUUUUGGCCUCACCAACGCACCGACAACCUUUCAAGCGGCAAUGACCAAUGAGUUUCGUGCAAUAUUGGACCGGUUUGUGCUGGUCCACUUAGACGAUAUUCUCGUCUAUAGUCGGACUUUGGAGGAUCAUCUUGAGCAUCUCCGACGGGAGUUGGAGACGCUCCGCCGCGCCAAGUACAAGGCCAACCGCGGCAAGUGCGAAUUUGUCCGGCAAGAGCUGGAAUACUUGGGCCAUUUUGUCACACCGGAGGACAUCAGUCCGCUAUCGGACAAGAUUCAAGCCAUCCAAGAGUGGUCGGAGCCUCGGAACGUCACGGAUGUCCGCUCGUUCCUUGGUCUCGCCGGCUACUAUCAGCGUUUCAUCAAAGGCUACUCGAAGAUCGCGGCCCACUUGACGAAGCUUCAAUGCGAGAAUUGGCCGUUUGACUUCGGAGAGGAGGCGCGGGAAUCAUUUUUGGCUCUCAAAGUCGCGCUAUUGUCUGCAGAGGUCUUGUGGAUAUACGACCCGCUUUUGCCUACACGCGUCACCACACAUGCGUCAGGCUAUGGCAUUGGUGUAGUCCUCGAGCAACAUGAUGGUGUGGACUGGCACCCGAUCAAGUAUUUCAGCAAGAAAGUGCCCGUCGUGCAUUCCAUUGACGAUGCACGCAAGAAGGAGCUCCUCGCCUUCGUCCACGCGCUCGAGCGGUGGCGGCACUUCGUCCUUGGUCGAAGCCAAUUUCGAUGGGUAACGGACAACAAUCCGUUGGUCUUUUACAAGACCCAAGACACCGUCAACAGCACCAUCGCUCGAUGGAUGGCUUUCAUAGACCAGUUCGACUUCUUUCCCGACCACAUUCCCGGGAAGUCGAACCGUUUUGCGGAUUCUCUUUCACGGCGUUCGGAUCAUUGUACCGCGGUCUACUCAACCUUCGAGAUCGACGAUGACCUGCAGAACAGCUUCAUCCACGGCUACCAAGCCGACCCCGAGUUUCGUGACAAGUACGCGAAUUGUUGCUCUCCUAAUCCGGCGCCUUCUCACUAUCGGAUCCAAGAGGGGUACUUGCUUGUUCACACGCGGGGAAAGGAUCUUCUUUGCGUACCGAGUGAUCCUCACUUGCGUACACGGAUUCUUGGCGAGUUCCACGAUGCCCCCGCCACCAUACUCAUUGGAGUCAAUCGCACGAUUGGCCGACUUCGCCAGCGAUUUUGGUGGCCCGGCCUUCUCGGGGACGUCACACGCUACUGCGAGUCAUGCGAGGACUGGGUUGAGCGGCUGCCGGAUGUCGAGUUGGCCUACAACUCCUCUAUCAACCCGGCUAUCGGGAUGUCGCCCUUUGAGUUCGAGCACGGCUCGUCGGUCACUUCACCGUUGGACACUACUACUCCACGAACGGCCGAGAGCGACGACCAUCUUCUUUUCUUGCGUCAGAUGCAAGAGCUUCUUGUCAAGGCACGCGACCAGAUGGCCAAGACGCAACAGCGCAUGAGCCAGCAGGCCAAUCGCCAGCGUCUUCCUCGCCCAUUCCGCGCCGGCAACCUCAUGUCGGUUUCCGCAGCGGAAUUCAGCCUUGAACAAGACAUCUCUCGCAAGCUCCUCCCGAAAUGGAUGGGGCCUUGGCCUAUCGUAGCACCAGCUGGGGACGCACCCGAGGGACCUUCCUUCACGAUUCAUGUGCCCGACCACUUGCCCGUCUACCCAGUCUUUCAUUGCUCCAAGUUGGCUCUAUACACCCCAGCGGAACAUGACGAUUUUCCCGGGAGACGUUCGCAAGACCCACCCUCUAUGGACGACUUUCAGGAGGUCGGCGACAUCAUCUCCCAGCGACGCUACGGCAACAGGCCAACCGAGUAUUUGGUGCAUUUUGCAUACUACACACACCGAGCUGACCGUUGGUUGACCCGUGCAGAACUUCAAGCAACAGCGCCAGAUGUUCUCGCACGCUAUGAACACAAGAUGCAAGGCAAGCCGGUCUCUUCGGCUCCACGCCGUGCCCGCGUCCAGGUUCCACCUUCAGAUCGUCGGCUCCGCUCUUGCCCCGGCUUGACUUCAUAAGGACGGGGGGGUGUUACAUGCUGCGCCUGCACACGAGGGCCAUUUUCCAGGCCCUGCGUCCCUCAGGCUGAAAGCCUGAAAUUCAGACUUAAAGCCUGAAAACCAGGGCCCACAGGCCCCGUGACUGUUCAGGCCGAAAGCCUGAAAACAAAGGCCUACAGUCCCU